AUGACUAUAUCAAGCAACCAAACUAAUACACGUACACCUAUACACACAUUGUAUGAUACGUUUCGCGGUUCAGUUCCUUGUACAUAACGACUACUUACACAGCACUACAUACAAGUAGCUAGUACUUAGUACUGGUAUUAUAUAAAUGCGAUCAUCUGUAGAGGAUAUAUAUUCAACUGGAAUGUUCAGUGACGACGAGGAAGGUGAUUACAUCGAGAAAUGCCGGAAACGACGUCAACGUAGAAUACAAAUUAUGAGAAGGCAACAGCCAAAACUAUUAUUAUUAUUAUCAUCUGGUGGUUCAAUUUCUUCGUCAUAUUUGGGCCAAAGAAAGAUGGAGACGAUGGUUGGAGCAAUGUCUGUGUCAGGAAGGCAGCGUGUAAUGGAAGAUGCAAUUUCAAUUAGAACUAAUCUUUGCUCACCGGAGAUCAAUCGCUGGAGACCCCUUGAUUUCUUUGCUAUUUACGAUGGACAUGGUCGUCGUCAUGUAAACCCAACGGUAGCUUCACUGUGUAGCGAGAGGAUGCACAUACUACUAGGAGAAGAGCUGAUGCGCGUGAGGAACAACGUAGACAUGAGCGGUAGCUGCAGUUCCCGUGGAAGACGACAACCAUUGGGAGGACAGAGAGUGGAGGAAGCAUGGAAAAGAGUGUUGACGGGUUGUUUCUCGAGAAUAGACGAGAUGGCAUCAUGCACAUGUAGCGAGUGCGGAAGUGUGGGCUAUCGGUGCGGGUGCCCACCGGACGAGUUGGGACUAACGGGCUCCACUGCGGUGGUUGCAGUUUUGACAAAUGAAACAAUCAUUGUAGCCAAUUGCGGUGACUCACGUGCGGUUCUUAGCCGCAGGGGAAGUGCGAUCCCUCUUUCUUACGAUCAUAAGCCUGACAGACAAGAAGAACGUUCCAGAAUCGAGUCGUGUGGAGGCCGAGUUCUUUUUGCAGAUGGAGCACGAGUUGAAGGAAUUCUUGGCAUGUCUAGGGCGAUAGGAGACAGGUAUUUAAAACCGUAUGUCACAUCAGAGCCUGAGAUUACCUUCACAAAAAGGGAAGCGGAGGAUGAGUGCUUGAUUCUUGCGAGUGAUGGCUUGUGGGAUGUUAUAUCAAGUGAAAUGGCCUGUGAGGUUGCUAGAGAGUGUCUUCGAGAAGAAGAUCCAGCUGGGGAUCAUAGUUUCAGUCCUUUGGUAGAAGGUGUUGGUGAAGGAGAAUUAUUUUCUUCGCGAAGUGCAUCGGCAGCAGCGCUGCUUACUCGGCUUGCUCUGGGACGGAAUAGCUAUGAUAAUAUUAGUGUAAUUGUGGUUGAUUUGAAAAGAAAUCAUACUGGUGUAUAGUAUCUAGAGAAUCUUACUUCUUGACAUACCAACCAUGGUCCAUGAAGAACCUUUGAAGCAUGUUUUAUCAACCACCAUUCAAGGGUUUCAUGUUUUAUUAACCACCAUUCAAGGGUUUUUACCUAAUUAUGUAGCUUGAGGAUGAUACUUAGGGUGUAUGUGUUAUGAAGGAAUGAAGGAAAUGUUUUUCUUGAAAAUGAAGUGGGUUUUUUUCUUA